AUGUACUCUGAUGGCCAAUCUUCGAACGGAUACAGCGGUCCCACAGGUACUAGGCUGCCUCGUGUUGACAGUGAUGGAUUCCUGGGAGCACUUCAUGGCAUUGGUGACAGUCGAUAUAUGAAGUUCGCAACUUCUUCUGAUUCAUUAUUACAAGCUAUUGAAAAACUCAAGUAUGGAGAGCCUUACCCUGCUUGGACAAGAGACCAUACCAUGCCAAUCACCAACGACGAGAUAGAUGCAAUUUUUGUGGACUUGACGAACAAAUUUGGAUUCCAGCGUGAUAACAAAAACAACAUGCUUGAGCAUUUUAUGGUGAUGUUAGAAUCUCGAUCUUCUCGAAUGUCCACAGAACAAGCUUUAGUAUCAUUGCAUGCAGAUUAUAUUGGCGGAGAAAGUUCCAAUUACAAGAAGUGGUACUUUGUCACUCAAUUAGAAGUCGAUGAAGAGACUAUGCAAGGAGAAAGCAACGAUAGAACUUCCAAAGACAGCAAAGCGUCCAUAGGAAUAUCUCAUUUGGGCAACAUGGAAGACGCUUGGAAGAAAAAGAUGAACACCAUGAGCAACAGGGAAAGAGUUCGGCAAAUUGCCUUAUAUCUUCUGAUAUGGGGAGAGGCAGCUGUAGUUCGAUACACAUCUGAAGUCAUCUGCUUCGUAUUCAAGCUUGCUGACGACUACUACAAUGGUCGUGACUGUCCGGUUGUUCCUGAAGGCACCUUCCUGGACGAUAUCAUCUCACCAUUGUACUUGUUUAUCCGGGAUCAAUCCUAUGAGGUGUCCGAUGGACAAUUCGUCAAGCGGGAAAAAGAUCACGAUAAAAUCAUCGGUUAUGACGACGUCAAUCAAGCUUUUUGGUACCCAGAAUCUAUGCAGCGAAUGAAGCUUACAGAUGGAACAAAGUUGAUGGAUAAACCCCUACGCCAGCAAUACACAGAACUGAAGAACGUCGUCUGGAAAAAGGCUUUCAUAAAGACAUACAAAGAAAAGCGGUCCUGGAUGCAUUUGGUAGCCAAUUUCAGCAGAAUAUGGAUUAUUCACAUUUCCACUUUCUGGUUUUAUACCGCCGCAAACGCACAAACACUUUACCUGAAUUCCGACAAAGAAAUUGCUGCAGAAGAAGCAUCUGUUCAGUGGUCCAUUACCGCCUUGGGAGGGACCAUUGCUGUCAUUAUUUCUAUAGUAGCAUGCUGCGCAGAAUACUCUUAUUUGCCAAGAUCUUGGAGAGACACCAAAGAGCUAUGCAGACGACUAGCAAUUCUAUUUGCGUUCUUCAUCAUCACUACAGGACCCACUGUUUACUGUGCUUUCAUCAGUCGUACCGGCCUAAUCUCAAAAAUUGUUGCCAUUGUACAAUUACUCUUCAGUAUAGCAACAGUUUGUUACUUGUCAUUUGUUCCUACCGCACAACUUUUCAAGAAAAAAGCCGAGAUCAAAACUCGUCGCGAUCUAGCUGGCCACUACUUUACCGCAAACUUCCCCAAACUCAAGAAAAUGGACAGAUUCAUGUCUAUAGGAUUAUGGGCGUGUGUAUUUUCCUGCAAGCUGCUGGAAUCUUACUUCUUUUUAGCUCUUUCCUUUAAAGAUCCUCUCAAGAUCAUGGGAAUGAUGAGAAUUGAAUUUUGCACUGACGCCAUCGUCGGUAACAUGCUUUGCAGUUACAUGCCACUAAUCACUCUAUUUCUCAUGUUUGUCAUGGCACUGUGCUUGUUCUUCCUCGACACCUACCUUUGGUACAUUAUAUGGAACACCGUCUUCUCAGUCGCAAGAUCAUUUUAUCUUGGUAUUUCGAUAUGGACUCCUUGGAGAAACAUCUUCUCGAGACUUCCCAAACGCAUACACGCCAAAAUUCUCGCCACGGUUGAUAUGGAAAUUCGAUACAAGCCUAAAGUGUUGUGCUCGCAAAUCUGGAACGCAAUUGUGAUAUCAAUGUACCGCGAGCAUCUUGUGUCUGUAGAGCAUGUGCAAAGGCUCCUAUACCAACAGGUCAUUGAUACCGAUGGCAAAAAAACCCUUAAACCACCAACGUUUUUCGUCUCUCAAGAAGACACUGCAUUCAAAACUGAAUAUUUCCCACAACAAAGUGAAGCAGAGCGCCGUAUUCAUUUCUUUGCGCAAAGUUUGACUACACCAAUGCCAGAACCACAGUCGAUUGACAGAAUGCCUGCAUUCACUGUUCUUGUGCCACAUUACGCAGAAAAAAUGAUAUUGUCAUUGCGCGAAAUUAUUCGCAGAGAAGACCAAAAUACAAGAGUCACACUUUUGGAGUAUUUGAAGCAACUGCACGCCGUUGAAUGGGACAACUUUGUCAAGGAUACCAAGAUUAUGGCAGACGAAAAGGUCCUACCAAGUAGCAAUAGUAACAUGUCCUUCAUGUCUAUCAACUCUGAAAAAGAAAACAGCAAGCACAAGAUUGAUGAUCUUCCCUUCUACUGCAUCGGUUUCAAGUCUUCAGCCCCAGAAUACACAUUGCGUACUCGAAUUUGGGCUUCUUUACGCUCUCAAACCUUGUAUCGUACAAUCUCUGGCUUCAUGAACUAUACAAAAGCCAUCAAACUACUUUACAGAGUUGAAAACCCAGAUGUUGUACAAAGCUAUGGAGGUGACAACGCCGCUCUAGAAAGAGACUUAGAUUAUAUGUCGUCUCGCAAGUUCAAAAUGUUGGUUGCUAUGCAGCGCUACACUAAGUUCAACAGCGAAGAAAUGGAAAGUGCAGAGUUAUUACUUAAUGCCUAUCCGGAUUUACAAAUUGCCUAUCUGGAUGAAGAGCCAUCGAAGUCAGAAGGUGAAGCUUCUACCAUGUUUUCAUGUCUCAUUGACGGUUCUUGUGAGAAAAUGGAAGAUGGCAAGCGGAAACCAAAAUUCAGAAUUCGUCUCCCUGGAAACCCAAUUUUAGGAGACGGAAAAUCCGACAAUCAAAACCACGCCUUGAUAUUCUACCGUGGAGAGUACUUGCAACUUAUUGAUGCCAAUCAGGACAACUAUCUGGAGGAGUGUCUCAAAAUCCGCAAUGUACUGGGAGAGUUCGAGCAGAUGAAUCCAGCAGAAACCAACCCAUACGACGCUCCGGAAGAGAACGCAAACUCUUCACCAGUUGCUAUCGUUGGAGCAAGAGAGUAUAUUUUCUCUGAGAACAUCGGUGUACUCGGUGACGUUGCCGCUGGUAAGGAACAAACGUUCGGUACUUUGACACAACGCAUCAUGGCCAAAAUUGGCGGCAAGCUCCAUUAUGGCCAUCCGGAUUUCUUAAACGCAGUCUUCAUGACAACUAGAGGAGGUGUCAGUAAAGCUCAAAAGGGAUUGCACUUGAACGAAGAUAUCUAUGCCGGCGGACGUAUCAAGCACACUGAAUACUACCAAUGCGGUAAAGGUCGUGAUCUUGGUUUUGGUUCUAUUCUCAAUUUCACAACCAAGAUUGGUACUGGUAUGGGUGAACAAAUGCUGUCAAGAGAAUACUAUUACAUCGGAACACAACUGCCUCUGGACCGUUUCUUGACGUUCUACUAUGCCCAUCCUGGGUUUCACAUCAACAACAUCUUUAUCAUUUUGUCAGUUCAGAUGUUCAUGUUGGUUUUCUUGUUUGUGGGAGCUAUGGGAAGUGCUCUCACUGUAUGCGAGUACAAUCCAGAUGCACCGGAAGACGCCGUUCUCAGCCCGGCUGGCUGCUACAACCUUGCCCCUGUUUUAGAUUGGAUCAAGCGUUGUAUUCUCUCCAUCUUUCUGGUCUUCUUCAUGGCUUUUAUGCCACUGUUCCUGCAAGAAUUGACUGAACGCGGAUUCUUCCGCAGUAUAUCUCGUCUUGGAAAGCACUUUAUAUCCCUAUCGCCUCUCUUUGAAAUUUUCGUGACUCAGAUAUACACCAACUCCAUCCUCACCAAUUUGAACUAUGGUGGUGCUCGAUACAUUGCAACCGGUCGUGGCUUUGCUACCACUCGAUUGCCGUUCAGCAUCUUGUAUUCAAGAUUUGCUGUACCAAGUAUAUACUUUGGAGCACGCAUAUUCAUUAUGUUGCUAUUUGCCUCAGUCACGAUAUGGAUGCCACAUCUACUCUACUUCUGGCUAACGGUUAUAGCUUUGAUAUUCUCACCCUUUGUUUUCAAUCCGAACCAAUUCGCUUUCACAGACUUCAUGGUUGACUAUAGAGAAUAUCUCAGAUGGCUGUCCAGAGGAAACUCAAAAACUCAUGCAAACUCAUGGAUUGCUUACUGCCGUUUAUCGAGAACUCGAAUCACCGGUUAUAAGCGAACAAAGCUAGGCGAACCAAGAGACAAAUUGUCGAGCGACGUUCCUAGAGCAAAAUUCUCAACCAUCGUAUUUUCUGAAAUUAUUGGUCCUUUCAUAUACACUCUGAUCUGCAUGGUGGCGUAUUUAUUUGUGCGUAGCGUCAAUACUGAGGAUCCUACCACUCCAGUCAAUGGCCCAUCUGGAUUGAUCAGACUUGGUGUGAUUGCCUUUGGACCGAUUCUACUCAACGCUGGUGCUCUGGCUGCAUUCUUUGGUGUCUCCAUAACGCUGGGCUCUGUACUUAGCUUGUGUUGUCACAAGUUUGGAUCUGUUAUUGCGGCUAUGGCUCAUGGUUGGGCAGUUAUAAAUGCUAUCAUAUUCUUUGAAGCCUUCCUAGUACUUGAACAUUUCAAGUUGUCUAAUGUCCUCCUUGGCUUAGUCUCCGUCAUUUCAUUACAAAGGCUGGUUUUCAAAACCAUGACUAUUCUCUUCUUGACAAGAGAAUUCACUCAUGAUCAAACUAAUCGUGGUUGGUGGACUGGAAAGUGGUACGGACGCGGUAACUGGAAACUGAACCUGAUUAUUAUCAUAGCCAUUUCGCAACCAGCUCGCGAGUAUGUAUGCAAGAUCAUAGAGAUGAGCAACUUUGCGACAGAUUUUAUUUUGGGGCACUUUAUCUUAUUUCCCCUCUCGUUGAUUUGCUUGAUACCGUAUGUAAACCGAUGGCAUGGACUCAUGUUGUUUUGGUUACGGCCAAGUCAACAGAUUCGAUAUCCUACGUGGACUGUCCGUCAAAAGAAGGAGAGACGACGAGUGGCCAUUAUAUAUGGUCUGUUCUUCUUAACAAUGUUUAUAAUGUUUGCAGCUCUUAUAGCUGGACCAAUUGUAGUGGGUGGUAGUAUCGAAGCUUUAUCUAAACUCCACUUACCUGUGUAA